AUGCGGCUGUUCUUGCGCGUUUUCGCCAAGCAGCGUACAAGUCUACGGUGCACUUGCGAUCCUUUCCUUCGCUUGCGCAUCAAAGCAUGCAAACAGCAGAAGCUCGUGCACCAGCCUUGGACAGAUGAUGUUGCCGUGGUUGCUGGGUAUGAGGGCGCGGAAUUCGCAAACUUUUGGAUGGGCCACGUUCUCCUCAGCCACUUGUCACUAGUCGCUUGUAGCUCACUGCACUGGACCCUCGGUGGCUUCGGUGAAGUGGUGCUUCAGUUGGUCAUGCUUCGCUGUGCUCGCUCCGUUCGUCUCAGCACAUGA